AUGUUGUCAUAUACAACUGGCUCUCGUCCUCCUGACUCGAUUGCUCUGGGAGAUUUCAACAACGACAAUCAGUUGGAUGUUGCCGUUGCCCUUCAUCGCGGUCAUAAUAUGGCUGUGUUUCUUGGAUAUGAGAAUGGAACACUUGCAGCACCAACGUUGUUUCCAACGGGCUCGAAUCCUUGGGGUAUCAUUGCUGUGGACUUUAACAACGACAAUCGAUUGGAUAUUGCUGUCGCUAAUGGUUUCGAAAACAAUGUGGGUAUUCUUCUUGGAUAUGGUAAUGGAUCGUUUACAAAACAGAUCGCGCUUUCAACUGACCUGGACCCGUGGAUGUUCGCCGUCGGUGAUUUGAACAAUGAUAAUCAACUGGACGUCGCUGUCGUUAAUUAUGCCAGUAACACCAUGGGUGUCUUUCUAGGGUAUGGUAAUGGAAGUUUUUCAGAUCAAUCGACGUUUCCAACUGAUACGAAUCCGCCUUCGAUUGCCGUCGGUGAUUUUAACAACGAUGGUCGACUGGACAUCGCUGUCACUAAUCUGCAGAGUAACAAUAUAGGUAUCUUUCUGGGGUAUGGCAACGGCACUUUUGCUGCCCAAGCGACGUUUGCAACUGGCACUAAGCCUAGCUGCAUCGCUGUCGCUGAUUUCAAUCACGACAGUCAACUGGAUAUCGUUGUCACUAAUGGGCCCGACAAUACUAUGAGUGUUCAUCUCGGGUAUGGUAAUGGGACCUUUGCAACUCAAACAAUAUUUUCAACUGGUAAUAACCCGCAAUGGGUCGUUGUUGGAGAUUUGAACUUGGAUAAUCACUCAGACGUCAUUGUCGCAAAUCAUGACAGUGACAGUGUAAGUGUCUUUCUUGGAUAUGGUGAUGGAAUUUUUGCGGCUCAAGUGACAUUUCCAGCUGGCAAGGAACCGUAUGCAGUUGCAGUUGCUGAUUUAAACAAUGACAAUCGGCAAGAUAUUGCUGUCGCCAAUAAUGGCGAUAACACUGUUGGUAUUCUUUUUAAUACGUGCACUUGUGGUGCUCCUUAA